CCGCUCCUCAUAGGCGAAGUGGCACACACGCUUUACCUCGAAGGCCAUAUGGCAACUUCAUAUCUGCCACUUUAUCUCGAAGAAACCCUGUCCAGAAGUGUAGAAAUUUGUGUGUAAGCUGGUAUCUGCGAGUGUGGAGGAGGGGGAGUUUGGGGAGGAAUUUGGCAUGAGAAUGAUGGCGGCGUCUGCGUACCGCUGUCUACCCCGCACAUCCGGAGUUCCAAGCGCUGCACAUUGUGGGAUUAGAGACGAGGAUCGUGCUAGGUUUAGAGUCUUGCCGGUGGGUUUGGGCGCUGGGUCGAGGAGGAGUUUUGAGAAUGGCCGAGUAGGGCAGUGCAUUAGCAAGUGGGCGAGUGGGGAAUUUCGGAGGAGGGUGUUUGGGCAGAGGAAUGCUGUUGCGUUACCGUACAGGCCUGGAAGGCGGGAAUUGAAGGUUGUUGCGGAAGAAAAAUUUGACGUCGCUAAGGCGGCAGGCUUCCUCGUCAAAACUGGGAAGAACGCGUUGGAUGCUGGCACAAAUCUAGUUCCUGAAAGUAUACCCAGAGGAGUUGCUCGUAUAAUUGUCGGACUUGUUGGUGCUUCUGUGGUAACAUAUGCUUUGCGAGCUCUCUUCUCAACAGCCCUCUUCAUUUUGGCGAUUGCAGGAUUUAGUUACUUGGCCUACAUGUACCUCAACAAGGACAGCGACUCGGGAAGCGGUGGAGGAGGUGGCGGGAAGCCUCGUAACACGGACGAUUCACUAGAGGAAGCCCGUCGCAUUAUGGAGAAGUACAAAUAAGAUUCUUUAUAUUCAACAGUUAUAGUUCAGAAGGUACUAUUAGGUGAACUAUUAUGAGUUGAUGAUUUUUUAUUCAGACCUGGUCACUAUUGGCAAUCUUUUGUAUAGAGCACAUUGUGUCUUUAAAAAGCGAAGAGGCAAACAAGAGAGUAACUAUUCUUGCACGAGAAUGUCCCACAGUAAAGUUUCCUUCAAAAUCAAAGUA